UUUCGUUCUCAAUGUGCUCAACCUAUCUAAUUAAUAUUUCAUCUCUGAUAAACAAGACAAACAAAGAAAUCAAUAAACAACAAAAAGAAACUAAAAAAAAAAUGGAACAAAAAUCACCAGUUAUACAAAAGAAACUUUGGAGCGUGCUUCGUUUGUUUUACUACAUGCUACGUAAUUGUAAAGGCGUAUCGAAAAGCAAGUUAUGGCUAGACCUUAAUUUGAUGAUGAAACGUGCCAAGAUCGCCGGCAAGGCCGUACAAAACCUUUUGUUCCAUCACCACCACAAUUGGGCCGCUACUUUUGCCCUCAACCGCCCCAGUCAUUCAAACCACCUUUCUUCUCCUCCACCACCACCCGCCGGUGGUGAAUACGAAUUCAGCUGCACUAACAACCAUCAUCCAUUCUCUAUAUUUACAUUUCAUAAGAAACACCAUACUUUGAAGGAGCAACCUGCAGCAGAGGAAACUGACAUGAUGGCGGUGGUUCUCAAGGCAAUGGAGAUGAUUCAUAGUGAGGCGGCGUCCCCGGCGCUGCCAGGGUUUGGGAGGAGUCCGGUUGUUAGGCAGCUUAGAGUGACGGACUCGCCAUUUCCGUUGAUGAGUAAUGUGGAUGAUGGUGGUGAGGACUACAGUCAUGUGGACGAGGCGGCAGAGGAGUUUAUUAGACGGUUUUAUAAUGAUUUGCGGCAGCAGAAGCGUAUUUGCAGUACUAGUAGUAGUGGUGAAUUAUUGAAACUUUAAUGGGAUUCAUCAUGAGGGGUACGUAACCAAAAUUUAUCAACAAUUAAUAUCAAUGUAUGAGAGGGUUAAAAUUGUACGUGUAAUGAAUUGAUUCUUUGAGUAAUCACCCAUCUAUAUAUUUUCUUCA